GAUCAAGAGUAUACCGUGUUUUCCUGUGAAAGCUACCAGCCUACCACUCAGUAGAGUCGAGAAUCCGGCUCGCAGCGCAUCGUCCAUACUAGAUGUCCGACCCUCAUGAUAGUGGUACGAGGAGAUAGCCACGAUUCAUCGCUACACCCUCAUGUUGAUUUCAUGUCUGUAAUGCCGCUUCAUUGUUCCAUGAUGAACUCCGAAGCAAAGAGUAUGAGUGCAGCGAACAUUUAAGCUUUCACACAACCACAGAGUGAAUUCGCACGCUUUGUGAGUGCGACAGCAUCGAAAUGGUGUAAAAUUGUCACCGAGCAUCCGGCCACGACGAAACUCAUAUUAGGAGAUGGAGAAUUCUCUUGUCAGUCUCCUCCAGCUUGUUACGAAGUGUAGCGAUGCGUUGGCGUGAAGUUGCAGCAGAUCAGGGCAAGAGACGCCAAGAGCGCACGAAAUCCAAACACGGAACCACGAUAGGUUGGGAACCAAGGGCAGUGACAAUGAACCCUCGUAUGCAGAGAGUCCGAUGAUUCAUAAUGUGCCUCUAAACACUGAACUCCGUAUGGGUGGGGUAUUGCAGCUUACGCACAGCACAAACAGCAGGUGCAUUGGCCGAUUAUGACCUUGUGCCUGCAUGGAGCACGUGGGCGAUGACAGGAUUGUCGCAGCAACGGGAUUGGACAGUGUCUGUGUAGACAAAUCGUGAACACCAGUUCGAUAUCGUCACCAUCGAUUUCGCUGUGAUCCGACUUCCCGAAUUUCGACCCGAAAGGAGGCGGGAGGCAUUUCCGUUUUGGCUUUCCCCGAUUCACUGCCGACGAGAGGCGCGCAUGGUGUCGGGACUGUAAAGAUCGUGCUGGGUCAGACCGCUACGACGACCACAGCAAAUUCCGCAAUCUUUCUUGUGGGUUCACAACGGCCGAGGAGCGAAAGACGAAAAAAAGGAGGCCAAGAAACAGGACCCUGAAACCGGGCCGGCCUCCAUUGGCCGCUACGAGCGUCACACUCUGCCGAGCGACCCCCAAUAUCGAGGCCAAGCGCGAUGCGGCGCGGUCCUUCAACGCGAUGAUUGCCAGACGCUAUGAAAAGGAUUUGGUCGCUACCACCAAUCCCCCGUUUGAUAUCUUGCCACUCUCCUCUGCUGUACGCUGAACUCAUCACAGGGACAGAGUUGUGCGAUCUGUGGCAUGGGAGAGCACUUAGCAUGAGUAGCGCUCGUUGCCUUUCUCGCGCCACGGAGCCGACAACGUAUGCACACUCCUCUGCAGAUGCAAUUAUCUUGUGGCCUCCCCUGGCAUUCCCGCGGAGCCUCCGACCGCUACGAGCCAGGAAGAUAGGCAAUCGGAUACAUGAUGAGCUGCGCAAAAGCCACAAGAGCUGUAUGACACACGACAUACCACCAGAAGACAAUGUGGGCCACAUAUUUGUCAAGAGGCCAGAGCAGCACUCGCGCGACCAUACUUCAUCGUGACAAUGAUGGCGAUGAGCACAGCAUAAGAGCACCAAAGCUGGAUGAGUGGCACGCGCAGAGACUUCUGGACAGGAAGACUCAGCAUCUUGCCUUUCAGGGCCUCAUCCAUACACCGAAGCUCCGUGAGGCUCAAGGCAUAGCAUCCCAGGACGAACAGCACAUGGCAGCACACUUCACGACACAGAUCUGGAUACAAAGUCCUACAGUCCCCCAACGCCAAGUUCGCGGCUGUUUGGCAUGGGCCUUUUUCCGCACUAUCAGCGAGGCAGAAAUACAAUCCAGCGGCAAGUCAGGCGACGUGGAUGAUGUAGCCACUCCGCCGCCGGUGCAUGCCAUCGAAAAUAUUGCCAUAGAGCCCCUGGGACGCGCACAGCUCACAGACUUGUGUGCCGAGGUUGGUCCGGGACGUGCAUGCAAUCUGGUUCUCUGGAGAGACCAGGCUCCGACGCAGUAG